AUGGCAAAGACAAUUGUCGCAACUGGCAUCUCAUCCGGCUUGGGCUUCGAAACAAUCAAGCAGUUGCUUGAGCAAGCCGAGCCGUACAAUUUCAUCUUGGGCGCGCGAGACACGGCCAAAGUUCAGGCUGCUUACGAUGGCCUCAACUAUGACACUUCUAAGCAUUCCAUCACCAUUUACCCACUCGACCUCUUGUCCUUGAAGAGUGUGCAGUCUUUUGCAGCAAAUGUCCUUUCCAAGUUGGGUUCCGAGAAGCUGGCUUAUCUCUUCCUCUGCGCCGGCACUCUGGACAAUGGCGAAGGACCCGGUCCAAAUGGAUCGCAAUGGUGCUCGGGAUAUGUAGUUAACCACCUAGCCCCGCAUUAUCUGGUCCACUUGCUCCGUGAUGUGCUAUCUGCCUCGCAGUCGCGGGUUGUUUUCGUUUCUUCCGGGGCGAUCCGUGGUCUCAGAGACCAGGAUCCGGCAACCCUUGACGUGGACCUGAAAGCCAACUCUGGCGCAGGCUAUCGUCCUAUAUACAGUGCCUCCAAGUUCGUCCAGCUGUUGGGUGCAUUUUACUGGCGGCGUGAACUUCCGUCUUGCACGGUCGUUGCUGUUUCACCGGGUCUCAUUCCGAGCACUCCUCUCGCUUCGUCAAUGGGUUUGACCAUGGAUAUGCCCGAUGCCAAGACCAUCCCCGAGGGUGCUCAGAACCUCCUCCGCGCCUUUUUCAUUAACGAUUUCCCGGCGGAUCCGGAACAGAUCUUCUUGACUAGCUGGGGAGAGUGGUGGCCUAAGGAUGUGUAUGCCCUGGCCCUUGAUGCUGACUUGCAGAAGAAGUGGUGCUUGAGCAGGGAGGAAAUUGAGAAGACUGAAAGCAUUGCUUGA